UUAGGGUUGGCAAAAUCGUAAACAGAGGACGCCUAUAAAUUGUUUUCUCUUUAUCUGUAGAGAAUCAUAAUAACAUUAAAAUAUUUAAUUAAAACCGAAGAUCUAUUAGGAUAAACAUGCCGGCCUAUCACUCGCAAAUCAAGGAAGUGCGGCAGCAGGUGGGCAACAUGGCCAUCCUGCCGCUGAGGACACAGGUGCGCGGACCAGCGCCCAGUGCAAAUGUGGAGAGCGACAUCAUCGAUGAGUCACUGUACUUCUUCAAAGCGAAUGUCUUCUUUCGCACAUAUGAAAUCAAGUCGGAUGUAGACCGUGUCCUCAUCUAUGUGACGCUCUACAUAACCGAGUGCCUAAAGAAGCUGAAUCGCUCCACGAGCAAGGCUCAGGGACAGCAGGACAUGUAUAGUCUGGCCAUCUCCAAGUUCGACAUUCCUGGCGAUGCCGGUUUUCCCUUGAACGCCGUCUAUGCCAAGCCGCAGAGCGCCCAGGAUGCGGAUCUAAUGCGCCAGUACCUCCUGCAGCUGCGCCACGAAACCGGCAACCGGGUGUUGGAGAAGGUCUUUAGCACCGAGGACGGCAAGCCCAACAAAUGGUGGACCUGCUUCGCCAAGAAGAAGUUCAUGGAAAAGAGCCUGGCUGGACCUGGACAAUAAAGAGCUCUCUCCAAAAUUGAAAAAUACAAUUGAUUUGUGACACGUGAAAGUGCUUUAAAAUGUGGGUUCAUGUUGUUUAGUGUCACUGCCAAAUCGUCACUAUAAAUUAAAUAUUUAACUACAAAAAAUAGGUUAUUUAUGUCCCUAAGCUGUUUCGUUUUAACAAAAUGAUGGUAAUCUUUUUUUAAUGAAAGUUAAAGUGGAUCUUAAAAAAUCAAGCUACAUAUUUUAGGAAUAUAGUUUUAUUUACUAAAAGUUAAACCCAAUAUUUAUUAUAAUCAAAAUAAAAUGUGAACAAUAAAUUUAUUGUUUGCACUCAUUAUUUUUA